CACAGACGCAGAGAGACUGCAGGCAUGCAGUAACACAGAGCUGUAUACAUGUUUAAAGAGCCUGCAGCCAAGCUGGGAUGCAGAUGAGGUGAGCGCGCUGACAUGAAAGCAGCUGCAAGAAAACGAACAGGGCAAGAACGGCGUUAAAAUCACUAUUUGCCAAAUAUGUGACUUUGACGCUGCACUUAUAGACCGUCGCUAUGUAUCCACUGUGGAGUCUCCUCUUCUUGUCAGUCUCUCUUCUUGUCAAAGUCGAGGCAGAAGAACAUGUCAAAGAGCCAAAAGAGAUCAUCAGCAGUACAGUGGCAGAGCAAGCCACACGGCCUUCAGAGAUAAGUCCCACGUUUAUGCCGGAGAACGGUGACUUCCUGAGUCCACCUUUUAGCUGGAUCAUAUCCUCCUUAGAAGAAACAGACGGGGUUCUCGGAGAAUACGCUGACCUACAAAUGAAUCCCAGUGGAAAGUGGCCUACCGAGAGUUCAUCAAGUGGAAGACCAGCGCAAAAUACCAAGAAACCCAACACGAAGACAUCAGCGCCAACACUGCAUCCUGCAGAGACUGAAGCAUCUUCAGCCAGGUGGAAGAAAUCACAUGAGCAUCGGUUACCUUUUCCUCAGUUGAGCUCAAUACCAUCAAACAGACCAGACCAGGACACUGUUUCAGUGCCGUCUGCUGGACCUGAGCCCAGCCCGGCGUACACAACCACAUCACGAGCCACGGGCAAAUGGGGAAUGAACAUAGAACCUUCUAUCAGCUCAAAGAAACAAACUAGAGAUGGAUUAUAUGGUGCUACAGAUCACAUCUUAGACAGCAGAGCAGUGAGCACUGAGGCAGAUAAAGGUAUGAAUAAAUUUUCAACCUUGAUUUUGGGGCAUCCGCCAUUCCAUAAAGUUUUCACUACCCAUUGCAUUGCAACAUUUAACUCACUGUAUUUAUCUCUGGUGGAUGAUCGUCAGGACUCAAGAGUCAGUGAAACACUCCUGCUUGAUAGUAACAUGGACCUUAUAUCUACACCCUGCAAAAAUCCAAACCAAUCUUGGACUCCCAUAUAUGCUGAUGAUUUUUCACUAAAUGAGCCUCUGCAGCCCUCUCUGGCCCUCACUCCACCACUCCUUGUCCCUCUGUAUUCUGACUGGAACUCUGCAUUUGCCACAUGGGGCAUAGCCUGGGAAGCACAUGUCUAUGGCUUGGGGUCUGUCUUUACUUUGUUUGGCUUAAUCUCUCUCAUCUGCCUCUUUAGUCUGUCCCUGCGUUGCCCCCCAGGGAGCCUCUAUUUCACCCUACUGCACUUGUUGCUGGUAGCAUUUGCAGGAGUCCAAGCAUUCUGUUUGCUUUAUGACGCUUACAGUCACCAGGAUCGUCUUCCUCCUCUGGGGUCUUUGCUACUCUUUGAGAUGCUCUUUCCAUGUUUGAGCUCAGCCUUCUCCGUUGCAUUCCAUCUUCUUUCCCUGCGCUCAUGCAUGCAUGUUCCACUCCCACCUGCCAUUUCCACCUCCUUCUCAGCUUUACCCAGGCCUUGUUUCUUAUUGUGUAUGUCCCUCCUGCAUUUGAGCAUCUGUCUUGGAUGUGUUGGAGUACUCCAACUCUUGCCAAGUCUUCCAAGCUUCAUCUUACUACUCCCUCAGGGCAUCUUUAUAUUUCUCUCCAUCUUUUUAUCAAGCUCCUAUCUGAUCUUCUACUGUAUGAUGAGAGUCAACACUGAUCAUAUCUACAGGCUGAAGGACAUUGAAGAGAGUGGAGGCUCUCCUGAAGUACUGCAACCCGUGAAUUGUCCGUUUGUUAAAGUGGAGGAUUGGGAUAGGGCAGCUGCUGCUGGAGUUUGGGCAUCAUUGUGCUUGUUAGGAUGUGGAGGCCUACAGCUAUAUGGGAUCCUCCAUGCCCUUGGUUUGGGUGGGAGUAAUGGUUAUGGGUUCCAGCCCUGGCCAUGGUGGGGCUACCAGGUUGGCUGCAGGCUCUGCGAAGCUGGGGUGUGUCUCAGUCUGUCUGUUAUUGGCACACACCCUCUGUUCUGUUGCAACUCCUCUGUCAGGACUAUAACCCAUCCCCAGUCAGGAUCAUGGUCUCGUCUGUCUUGCAGCUCCCCUUUACGAGGAACAACCCUGCCCUCACAAAGAGAUGUAAACUCUCCUGUCCUCUCUCCAGAUUCCUGGUCACAAGACAAGCAGGAAAGGGUGAUAGUUUGUAAUGUUAUCUCUAAGGGUCAAUCCGAGGCUGUUCCUCUUUGCUCAGUGGUUGGCCAAACUGGAAAUGGACGGGACUGUGCUGCAAGUUCUAAUGUGCUCUGUUUACCAACACCCCCAUGCCCGCCCCAUAACCCUAAAAGUGUGACUGAGUCUCAUUUGUCCUCACUGGAUAGCUUGGGUCGGGAGGAGUCAGACUCUACUGUAGACCUGCAGCCCCCAUCUCCCAUAGACUUGUCCAGCAGCAUUGACCAGGCUCUGUGCAGUGAUUCACUUUUCUCUCACAGUCUCUUUGGAUGGCCAAGACUGUUCCAUACAUCUUCCAGCCUUUCCUUGACCUCUGCUACUCAAGGCCAACCAAAGCAGGGUACCAGUUCUGUGGAAAAUUCUCUAUACCGCACCUCAUCCUGCAGUGACAUGGAUCUAAAGAAUUCCUUGUCUGGUUCAAAACCUUCCCACACUCAAGGCUCUUUCACAUGUCACACCAAACCACCAGUGUCCCCAUGUCAAUGGAAGUGGAAGGAAAGUAACUCUGGUUCAUCCCAAGGUCUUUGUUGCAAUCCCAAGGAGACAGGAAAGCUGCGUUCAUUUUCCUGGGCCAACAGAGGCCAAUAUUUUGCUCAGAGCAGCCUUCCAAGAGCAAUCCCCCAAUUUGCUUAUUACAGGAGGUAUCAAACCCUAAGUUUAGCAUCUCAGGACAGCCAAGGAUCAGGCCGGCUGGCAGGAACUAAACAGCUGAGUGAAAGUAGACAGCUGGAAUGGGACAUGGCUGUACAGGCAGAGUUUGUUAAUGUGUGCAGACAGAUUGAUGCUCUGAGUGUUUGCAGUGACACAAUUGAUUUGUAAGAAGUUGAAGAGGCCCAGGAUGGAAUGAACCUGGGCCUGAUAAUGGUAAGGCCCUGUGUCCAUACAGCAUUUUCUUUGAAGCAGCAGCAUCUUUUUUUUCAAUUGCUCUAAGUAAGAAUGGAGUAUAUGCAGCUGCCUAGGAAAAAAAAGCACUGCAUCCAUCUCCUUUUUUCAGAGUGCUCCACUUUAAUUGUGUGGCCACUCCAAGUGCUUUAAGUUUAAAACCUUGGAUGUUUUUAGAAAGCACCUUUUUACUGCAGCACCUUUUUAGGCAAUCAAUGAAAUGGCGCAUACCUCAUCACCCUCCUGGGAGGAGAAGCGGAUUUUGUGGCAUCAGGCUGCAAUC